CAUGGAUGUAUAGUCUCCACAAUCAAACUGUUCCUUCCAGAUGGAAUGGAAGCUCGAUUGCGAUCAGACGUUAUCCAUGCUCCAUUACCAAGUCCUGUUGACAAGGUUGCUGCUAACACUCCCAGUAUGUAUUCUCAGGAAUUGUUUCAGCUUUCACAGUAUCUACAAGAAGCCUUACAUCGGGAACAAAUGUUGGAACAGAAGCUGGCAACCCUUCAGCGACUACUUGCUGUCACACAAGAGGCUUCAGAUACUAGUUGGCAGGCUUUAAUAGAUGAAGACAGGCUGCUAUCAAGACUAGAGGUUAUGGGAAAUCAGUUACAGGCUUGUUCAAAGAAUCAAACAGAAGACAGUAUACGAAAAGAGCUUAUAGCAUUGCAGGAAGACAAACACAACUAUGAGACAACAGCCAAAGAGUCCCUGAGGCGGGUCCUCCAGGAGAAAAUUGAAGUGGUCAGAAAACUGUCUGAAGUGGAGAGAAGUUUAAGUAAUACAGAAGAUGAAUGUACACACCUGAAAGAAAUGAAUGAGCGGACUCAGGAAGAAUUAAGGGAAUUAGCCAAUAAGUACAAUGGAGCUGUAAAUGAAAUUAAAGAUCUUUCUGACAAGCUAAAGGUAGCAGAAGGAAGACAAGAAGAAAUCCAACAGAAAGGACUGGCUGAGAAAAAGGAAUUGCAGCAUAAAAUAGAUGAAAUGGAAGAAAGAGAGCAAGAGCUUCAAGCAAAAAUAGAAGCUUUGCAGGCUGAUAAUGACUUCACCAAUGAGCGGCUCACUGCUUUACAAGAGCACUUUCUUUCAAAGAGUGGAGGGGACUGCACUUUUAUCCAUCAGUUCAUAGAAUGUCAGAACAAGAUCAUAGAUGAAGGACAUCUAACCAAAGUGGAAGAAACAAAGCUUUUGAAAGAGAAUCAAGGACGGGUCAAAGAAUCGAAUGAUUUGUCAGACACUCUUAGCCCAAGCAAGGAAAAAAGCAGCGACGACACUACAGAUGCUCAGAUGGAUGACCAAGAUCUAAACGAACCUAUUGCUAAAGUAGCUCUUCUAAAAGAUGAAUUGCAGGGUGCACAAUCAGAGACUGAGGCUAAGCAAGAAAUUCAGCAACUGCACAAGGAGCUGAUUGAAGCCCAAGAGCUAGCUAGAACAAGUAAACAAAAAUGCUUUGAACUUCAAGCACUGUUGGAAGAAGAGAGAAAAGCAUAUCGAGUGCAAGUUGAAGAAUCUAACAAGCAAAUAAAUGCUCUGCAAGCUCAGUUGCGAAGGUUACAAGAAGAAAUCGAGAACCUUCGUAAGGAAAAGGAGAAGGAAAUUUCAACCACUCGGAAUGAACUAGUCAGUGCUCAGAAUGAGAUUCUGUCCCUUCAACAAGUCGCAGAAAAAGCAGCGUCAGAGCGAGAUACAGACAUUUCUGCACUGCAGGCAGAGCUGCAGACGGUGCGAGCGGAACUCGAACGGUGGCGGAAAGAUGCUUCAGAUUAUGAGAAGGAAAUUGUCAGUCUGCAGGCCAGUUUUCAGCUCCGAUGUCAGCAGUGUGAGGAUCAGCAGAAGGAAGAGGCCACUCGCCUGAAAGGUGAACUCGAAAAACUGAAGACAGAGUGCAUUGCUCUGGAGGCUGAAUGUGCUAAACUAAGGAAGGAAAAUACUUCACUUACAUCCGAACUUCAGCGACAAGAGAAGGAGCUUUCUAGCUCUCAGAAACAGAGUUUAGCGCUAACCAGCGACAUAAGUGUUCUUGAAAUGUCUCGGAAGGAACUUGAAAUUCAGAUGGGAUCUUUGAGAGAAAAACAUCAACGGGAUGCAGCCAGUCUGAAAACUCAGCUCAGUGAAGCUGAGAGUCAAGCAAAAGAUGUUCAGAAAGAGUAUGAAAGAACACAGACUGUGCUCUCGGAGCUGAAGGCAAAGUAUGAGGUGGCUGAACAAGAAAACCAGUCACUCGCGGAGGAGCUCAAACAAUGUAAAGAAAACCUGAAGCUGCUACAAGAAAAAGGAAACAACAGACAAUGGCCUUGGAUGCCUGUGAUGGCAGCUUUGGUUGCUGUAACAGCCGUGGUGCUGUACCCAGGCCUAACCAGAGCUUCUCCAUGAGAACUGUUGUUGAAUCCAUACACCGUCCUCCCUUUAGAAGCUGGCAACAUUCAUAUACUGAGGGAAAACAGAUUAAUUCUCUUCCUUUUUACCUCUUAAUACCGCACAGCUCUGCGUGAGAACAGCAGUAGGGUCAUUUGCUUUAAACUGUAUAAAAUGUAUCUGUCUAUAAAGAGGGAAUAAAAUUGUGAUUCAUCAUACUGUGAGCAAUAUUUUUGCUUACAACUUCAUGCAAGUUUUAAAUUAGUAUGUUGGGAUUCUGGAUACUCUAAUGGUGGCCUAAAAUAGGCUUCUUGGUACCAAAUUAUUUAUAAUGGCUAGGGUUGUGGACACUUACUUUAGAACCUGAUUGCCAGAUUCAAGAGGAAAAUGCAUUUCUGAUUUGGACAUCCAAACCAAGUAACCCUGCAGAUACUUGGGAAACAGAUACAGUGUGCUCAGUGCCUUUCAGUAUGAUUUCUUAUUUUUUAAACUAGUAUCCCAUUU